CAACUUUUCUAUGUGAUUUUUCGGUUAAACCACAUAACCGGCACCGAUUAACACCCCUAAUAGUAAAGACCUAUUUUGUCAUACCUGCAAAAGUCUUUUCAUUUUUCAUUUGUGAUUUGACCUACAAAGUUCAUGUAUAUUGUUAUAUACUUUGUAUCUCUUGUUCUCUUAGGGAUAUCCAUGGCAAAAAAAAAAACUAUGAUGGGAAUAAAAGCAAAACAAACUAGUGUUCUUGAGAUGUUUCCAAUUUCCAUCUUAUAGAGCGACGAGGCCCACUUAGGCCCAGGAUAUCAUUCAGAAAAGGCCCAGUUUAUGGGCCUCACUUGCUUGAAAGCCCAGCCGUUUUCUCGUCCCCCGCUCCAGGUGGUUACUGUUAAGUAACUGCUAGUAGAACUGCCGCCAUCCACUGGAAGAACCCCGUGGCGACUGGAGAAUUUCAGCCAUGGUUGGAAAGCUUGACAGAAAUGGAUAAACUGCGCCUGAAAUCCUAGCUCUCUCGCCGGAAACAAACAAACAAAAAAAAAAGCAUUCAUGCCGAUCGCUUCCUCUUUCUCUAUCCUCCGCCACCGCGCCCCGUCCCUCCACCACCAACAUUUCCUCCUCCGCAGCUUCGUCGGGUUCCGCCGCGGCAACAACCUCUCAAUUGCGGCGGCCAAACCGCAGCAGCAGAAGCCGCACAACACCUCGAGGAGGCCUCCGCCGAGCAAGAAUUUACUCAGAGCCAGAGAAAAGUUGAAGGAGUAUUCCUCCCUAGCUCCGGUUCUCUCCCUCGAUGAAAAACCUAAUCUCGCCGAUUCUCAGGCGAUCGGCACCGUCGCCGCGGCUCAGGCCAACUUCAUGCGUGUCGUCGUCCAUUCCGAAUCCCCGCCGAGCUCCGAUGGGGGCGGAGGAACCGGGGUGGAGCUUCUGUGCGUGGUGAGGGCGGUGCUGAAGAAGAUAAAGAGAAGGGUCAUGGUUGGGGAUAGGGUUUUGAUUGGGUCGAUUGAUUGGGUGGACCGCAGGGGAAUGAUUGAGAACGUGUUUCGUCGGAGCAGCGAGGUUCUGGAUCCUCCUGUGGCGAAUGUCGAUCAUUUGCUGGUGCUUUUCUCCAUGGAGCAGCCCAAGCCCGAGCCAUUCUCGUUGACUAGGUUUCUCGUCGAAGCUGAGUCCACGGGAAUUCCAUUGACCCUGGCUUUGAACAAGACGGAGCUCGUUGAUUCUCAGGCAGUUGAUGCUUGGAAUUCCAGGCUUGGUGAGUGGGGUUAUGAGCCUGUGUUUUGUAGCGUUGGAGCCAAACAUGGACUCGAUACUCUCGCAUCGAUUCUCAAGGACCAAACGACGGUGGUUGUAGGUCCAAGUGGGGUUGGGAAAUCGAGCUUGAUCAAUGUUUUGAGAAGCAAUACUCAUGGUGGUGACAAUUCCGCAGAGGGGGAGAAUUGGUUUGAACCACUAUUAGGUAGCAAGUGGUCCGAUGAACAACGAGUUGGGGAAGUUUCGACGAGAAGUGGCAGAGGGAAGCACACGACUCGUCAUGUUUCGUUACUCCCGCUAUCUGGUGGAGGUUAUUUGGCUGAUACUCCUGGGUUUAACCAGCCGAGUUUGAUGAAAGUAACUAAGCAGUCUCUGCAGCAAACUUUCCCUGAGAUAAGGGAAAUGCUGAGAAGCAACGAGCUCGAGAAAUGCUCUUUCAACGAUUGCUUGCAUCUCGGUGAGCAAGGGUGCAUUGUUACUGCAGACUGGGAGCGGUAUCCUUUUUACCUUCAGCUUCUGGACGAGGUCAGAAUCAGGGAAGAGUUUCAGCUGAGGACUUUUGGUACCAAGAAAGAAGGUGAUGUAAGAUACAAAAUGGGGGGUAUGGGUAAGCAACAAGCAGAGCCCCGACUGGAGCCUAAGAAGCAUAGAAGGCAAUCUCGGAAGAAGAUGAACCAGUCGUUAUUAGACGAAGUGGACGAGGCCGCUGAAGAUGAUGAAGACAGCUUGUUGGAUGAGAAUGAUCCGUUCUUGAAGGCACUAAGGGAAGAGUAUGAACAAUAGCAGUAGAGAACACCCAACUUAAUACCAUUGAAGAUUACUAUCUCGUCGCUCGUUAACACUUACUACCGUGGAACAGAACAAAUUCUUACUACCGUAUCAGCUGUUGUGUAAAUGGAUACUGCUGCAACCCGUGAUGGAAAAGAGUGGCUUUAGCUGUGGAGUCGGAUCAAAAUGUAAUCAAUCUGUUGGGAAUUUGUACUCAUAAACUCGAUCCCGACCUAACUAUGGAGUUUCGAUGUAUACUACUACCAAGCAAUUUCAGCCCCAAAUUAACUUAAAACCCCAAU